AUGGCUAGAACCAUGAACAUGAACAAUGUGAUGGUCCUUGCUAUAGCAAUCGUAGCAAUAUCCGUAGUGCUACCUACAACAGAAGCUGCAUUGUAUUCCGUCGGCGACGAGUUGGGUUGGACUAUUCCUCCCCAAGCUGGCUAUUAUGCUGCCUGGGCUUCCAAGCAUAGCUUCUUCGUUAACGAUAUUCUAGUAUUUAACUUCACUGAAGGAGAAGAAGACUUGGCUAUGGUAACCAAGGAAGAUUUUGAUGCGUGUAACACCUCGAAUCCCUUGUUUUAUUUCGAUGAACCAUCAACGCUUAAAUUUCUCGCAAGCGACACGUUUUAUUUCACGAGCACCUUUGACGGGCACUGCCCCAGAGGGCAAAAGGUAGCUAUUUACAUUGCUCCGUCUUCAGCCACUCCCCCAUGCCCAAGUCCAACUGCUGCUGUUCAGGCUCAUGCGACAAUCCCCAUCAAAUUUGUGUCUAUGAAGGUCAAGCAAGGCAAAAGAUCAUGA